AUGACUGAUGAUAUCAGGCGUCUGUCCAAAAAAGAACAAAUUUUGUGGAAUUUACUUGAAAAUUUGGAGGAUUUUCUGCAAGAUUACGAGGAUGAUAGCGACUAUGGCUCACUGCAACCUCGGCUAGCAAAAUUAGACGAGGCUUAUGAGAGAUUUUGUGACCUACGCGUUCAGAUAGAAGUAAUCAUGGAAGACGUUAAUGCUGAAGAUGAUUCUGUUGAUGAUGCUGCUAAAAAGCAAACUUGGAAAAUGGAAAAUAAGACUGUGUACAAGGAUUUCGUAAACAGAUAUUUCUCGCUGAAACAACAAAUGCUUUCGAAAAUCCAGUCGAUUCCUGCUCAGCCUACUAACCUUGGCCCGUUCGUUUCUGACCCAGUUUUGCCAUGCCACACCAAGUAUCCUGAGCUGACGUUGCCAACCUUCUCUGGAGAACUUUCGGAUUGGAUUAACUUCCGGGACAACUUCAAAUCAUUGAUCCAUGACAACGCACAGCUAAAUGACAUGGAUAAAUUUAACUACCUCCGAACAUCGUUGAAAGGUGAUGCCAUUCUGCAGAUUAAUCAGAUCCAGGUAGCAGCGAUUAAUUACAGUCUGGCGUGGAGCACUUUGCAAGCAAAAUACGAGAAUCAUAAGCUGAUAGCUCGGGAGCAUAUGAAAGCUCUUUUCGAAGCACCUAUUAUGCCGACAGAAUGUUUUGAAGCCUUAAAUGUACUGAUAUCAACAUUCAAAAUCAACCUCCAGCAGUUGGAGAAACUGGGCCAGAAGACUAGCAGUUGGAGUACAUUGUUGGCGUUCAUGCUCUCUCAAAAAUUGGACCCAGUCACAUACCGUCUUUGGGAAACACAUCACGGUUCUAAAGACGUACCUUCAUACGAAUCGAUGAUUGUGUUUUUGGAAAACCAAUGCUCGAUCCUACAAUCAACUGCGAGUCGAAAUGGGAAUGAUGACCAUCGAAGCUACAGAGCUCCCAUCAGUCACAGCACGGUGACUAUGGAGAGAUUUUGUCCUGUCUGCAGGAGUGGAUCGCACAAGACCGAACAAUGCGCCAAAUUCUACAGGAUGAGGGUGAUUGACCGAAAGGAUUUGGUUCGGAGGUUGAGACUCUGCUUUAACUGUCUUGAUUCCGGACAUUUCGUCGAAAACUGCUCGUGUUGUUCCUGCUCGAAGUGUGGACAACGUCAUCAUGUAUUACUGCAUCCUUAUUCUCCGAACCAAGAUAGCCAGUCUAACUUGCAGUUCUAUUCUCGUUCCCCAAGAAGACCUCAACGCGCGAUCAGUCAAUCGAGAAGUGAACCUGAAACACUACAGAAUCAGGCCCAGACGAACAGUUUCCAAUCUACAGAGAACAAUUCGCAAACUACACUACAGCCACCUCCCACAAACACGCCCACUGUAAGUCAUCACACUACACUACUCAGUACACAACGAAACACUCACACUGCUAUGCUGUCGACAGCCGUUGUCAUGCUAGCUGAUAGCAGUGGUAACACAGUUCUUGCUCGUGCCCUGCUGGACAAUGGAUCUCAGAUUAGUAUGAUGACUGAGAAUUUGUCGCAAAAGCUCAAGUUUCAGCGUAUUCGCGAAAACCUUCCUGUGAAUGGUGUUGGAGGGUCUUCAAGCAUCUCGAAGGAAGCUGUAUUUGCUCGUAUCAUAUCGUGUACAUCUGCGUUCACUACUGGCGAGAGGAAAUUCUUUGUGCUUCCCCAAAUUACUUUGGAUUUGCCUCAAAGAAGCGUCGAUACUAGGACUUGGAAAAUACCGCCUUCUAUCAGCCUGGCAGAUCCCGAUUUCAACAAAUCCGGUCCCAUUGAUCUAGUACUAGGAGUUUCCACAUUCUACGAAGUUUUGUUGCCGCACCAGAUGAGAAUUGAUGAGGGCAACAUCGAUCUGGAAGCGUCCACGUUCAUGGAAAACAGUCCAAUAACCAACAGUCCAUCGCAACCUGAGUAA